CCAGAGUGCACCGGUGCAGCUACGGUCCAUUCUGCUGCUGAUCCGGGGAUGUCACACCGCUGCUAUUUUCUCCCCUCAGUCCCUCUGCCUCUCAGCCGACAGCAGCCAGCGGACUGACACGGGCUUCGGAGAACACACCGCGGAACGCACCGACACGAGCGGCGGAGCCGAACACAGGCCGGAAAAUGGCAGAGCUGGGAGCGGGAGGCCUGCCGGUGGGAGACCCUGCUCUCAACUACCAGGAGCACGAGCUCACCGAGCGGCUGAAGCGGCUGUACCCGGCGGUGAACGAGGAAGAGAGCCCCCUGCCCCGGUCCUGGAGCCCCAAGGACAAGUACAGCUACAUAGGACUGUCCCAGAACAACCUGCGGGUCCACUACAAAGGCCACGGCAAGAACCACAAGGAUGCCGCAUCAGUGCGAGCCACACACCCCAUCCCUGCCGCCUGUGGGAUUUACUACUUUGAAGUCAAGAUUGUCAGCAAAGGCCGAGACGG